UUGUAGUUCUUAACUAGUCAAGCAGUUCACUUGCACCACUGUUGAUGUCAUCUAUGAUACCAUGAGGGUGGCAGCAGUCGGCAUUGCAGACCACAGACUGUUCUUUGAGGGCUUGAUGAUCAGGGCAGAGGCAGAAAAGGCUCUUCCUCAGUCUGGGCCUGUUUGUUCUGAAUGGACAGUUUCUCUGGAAUCCUCAAACCCUUCCAGUCACCUGUUGCUUUGGCAGUGCCAUCACCAAACUGUUUUGGAGACAGACCCAGGGGGCUGAUCUUGGGGACCAGGGCAGUCAUGGUACUUAAUGACUUCCCCACCAAUGCACUUCAGCUACAGGGCUUUGGCCGACCCAGUGUGUACCAUGCUGCUACUGUGAUCUUCCUUGAAUUCUUUGCUUGGGGCCUAUUGACAACUCCGUUGUUAACUGUUCUACAUGAAACAUUUCCUCAACACACAUUCCUCAUGAAUGGUCUCAUUCAGGGUGUAAAGGGUCUGCUCUCUUUUCUGAGUGCCCCCCUCAUAGGCGCUCUGUCCGAUGUGUGGGGAAGGAAGCCCUUUCUUCUGGGCACCGUCUUCUUUACCUGCUUUCCAAUUCCGCUGAUGAGGAUCAGCCCGUGGUGUUAUUUUGCAAUGAUUUCUGUGUCUGGAGUCUUCUCGGUCACGUUCUCUGUGAUAUUUGCCUAUGUAGCUGAUGUCACUCAGGAGCACGAGCGAAGUACUGCUUAUGGAUGGGUCUCAGCCACCUUCGCAGCCAGUCUGGUCAGCAGCCCGGCCAUUGGAGCAUACCUCUCAGCCAGCUAUGGAGACAGCCUUGUUGUGCUGGUGGCCACGGUGGUGGCUCUUCUAGACAUCUGCUUCAUCUUACUGGCUGUUCCAGAAUCUUCCCCAGAGAAAAUGAGACCACUCUCCUGGGGAGCUCACAUUUCUUGGAAACAAGCAGACCCUUUUGCGUCACUGAAGAAAGUUGGAAAAGAUUCUACCGUGUUACUAAUCUGCAUCACCGUGUUUCUUUCUUACCUUCCUGAAGCUGGACAGUAUUCAAGUUUUUUUCUCUAUCUCAGACAGGUCAUAGGUUUUGGAUCUGUUAAAAUUGCAGCAUUCAUAGCUGUGGUAGGAAUUCUAUCUAUUGUGGCUCAGACAGUCUUUCUUACCAUCUUGAUGAGAUCAUUAGGGAAUAAGAACACCGUCCUCCUUGGCUUGGGUUUCCAGAUGUUCCAGUUAGCCUGGUAUGGUUUUGGAUCUCAGGCCUGGAUGAUGUGGGCAGCAGGUAUUGUGGCCGCCAUGUCCAGCAUCACGUUUCCGGCAGUCAGUGCCCUCGUCUCUCAGAAUGCAGAGUCAGAUCAGCAAGGAUUUGCCCAGGGGAUCAUAACUGGGAUAAGAGGACUCUGUAAUGGCCUGGGGCCAGCACUGUAUGGCUUCAUAUUCUACAUGUUCCAUGUGGAGCUCGCUGAGUUGGGACCGGAAUUGAAUUCUAACAAUGCUGCUUUGCAGGGCGCGCUCAUCCCAGGCCCACCGUUUUUAUUUGGGGCAUGUAUAGUUUUUAUGUCUUUUCUGGUUGCCUUAUUCAUCCCUGAAUACAAUAAUGGAAUUAAAAAAUACAGCAACAGCAUCAGCGGCAACGUGACCAACACUCCAGAAAGAGGCAACGAUGAAGACAUUGAGCCACUGCUGCAAGACAGCAGCAUCUGGGAGCUCUCUUCCUUCGAGGAGCCUGGGAGUCAGUGCACUGAGCUAUAAACUGCAGAAAGGGAGAUUCUGCAGACGCCGUCUGUCUGCAGUUGUUGGGAGCCACCCCACAUGGAGACUUUAUGGUGCUGGAGCGGAGAUGCUAGUGGCAUCCUUUAGGGCCAAGUUUGAUAAGUAACCCUCUGCCUCCCUUCUCUUCCUC